UAUUGUGCUGCAAACAUGUCCAACAAAACACAAGCCAGCGGAGGUGGAGGAGAGAGGACACUGGGGCAGUAAGGUGGAGUUUCUCCUGGCUGUGGCGGGAAAUAUUGUCGGCCUGGGCAACGUGUGGAGGUUUCCUUACCUCUGCUACAAAAAUGGAGGGGGUGCAUUCCUGGUGCCAUAUCUGGUAUUUGUGGUGACCUGUGGCGUACCCCUGUUCCUGUUGGAGACGACUGUAGGCCAGUACACCCAGGAGGGCGGCAUCACCUGCUGGAGGAAGCUAUGCCCACUGGCCGAAGGUAUUGGCUAUGGUGGGCAGCUGAUCGUCUUCUACACCUGUAUGACCUACAUCAUUAUUCUGUCCUGGGCUCUGUUCUACCUGGUGUUCUCCUUCAGCUCACAGCUCCCCUGGGCCAGCUGCAACAACUACUGGAACACAGAUGACUGCGUGGACUUUUCAACGCGAAAUAAAACCUCUGAAUGGACCAACCAGACGAACACAACCUCUGCUGCCACAGAGUUCUGGGAACGACGAGUGCUGGCUAUCUCAGGGGGGAUUGAGGAGAUAGGCAGCAUCAGGUGGGAGUUGCUGUUGUGCCUAAUUACAGUGUGGAUCAUCUGCUACUUUUGCGUCUGGAAAGGGGUCAGGUCUACAGGAAAGGUGGUGUAUUUUACUGCUACCUUUCCAUAUGCAAUGUUGGUAAUUCUUUUGAUCCGUGGACUCUCACUUCCUGGUGCUCUACAAGGAGUACAGUUUUAUCUUCUGCCUGAACCCUCACGACUCAAAGACCCCCAGGUUUGGUUGGAGGCUGGGACUCAGAUCUUCUUCUCAUACAGUUUGGGUGCGGGCGCCUUAACUGUGCUCGGCAGCUACAACACCUACAACAACAAUUGCUAUAAGGACUGUCUGUGGCUGUGUUUGCUAAACAGUGGUACCAGUGUGGUAGCUGGCUUUGCAGUCUUCUCUGUGCUGGGAUUCAUGGCUCAUGAGCAGGGCGUUCCUAUUGCAGAAGUGGCCGAGUCAGGUCCAGGUUUGGCGUUCAUUGCGUACCCUCAGGCUGUAGCCAUGAUGCCUCUUCCCCAACUGUGGUCCAUCUGUUUCUUUGUCAUGCUCAUUCUCUUGGGUCUGGACACACAAUUUGUUGCCAUGGAGGUGAUGAUGACAUCCAUCACAGAUAUGUUUCCCAAAGUAAUGCGCAGGGCAGGCCGACGGGAACGUUUCCUCCUCCUCUUCUGCCUCACAUGCUUCUUCGCUCAGCUCGUCAUGAUCACUGAGGGAGGAAUGUAUGUGUUCCAGAUGUUUGACUACUACGCUUGUAACGGAAGCUGCAUCCUCUUCCUCUGUGUGUUUGAAACUCUGGCACUGGGAUGGAUAUUUGGGGCAGAUCGGUUGUAUGGCAUCAUUAAGGACAUGACAGGUGUGCACGCCAACCCGUUCUUUAAAAUCUGCUGGCUUUACCUCACACCGGCGGUCUCACUGGGCUCUUUUAUAUGUUCGUUAGUUAAGUACCAACCUCUGACCUUUAAUCGCUGGUACGUGUACCCAGCCUGGGCGUACGUGUUGGGCUGGGUAAUGGCCCUUUCCUCCAUCCUGCUUGUACCGGGAUGGGCGCUGUAUAAACUGGGAACUGGGACUGGGAACCUCAGUCAGCGUUUCCAUCAUCUGUGCCGACCCGACCCUGACUGCUCACUGACCCGAAAGAGAGAAACUGAGCUGCAGCACAUCGGAGGGGAAGAUCUGCAACGGUUCACCACCAGCUGAUAUGAAAUGUCAAAUGAUCCUGAACUCUUUGUCAACUGCAUUAUGUGUACAACAACUAAGACUGGGUACUUCUCACAUGUGCAUCACAACAUUGGUGACUCUCUUCAGUUUCCAUGGUAGCAGCUCGAUUAAUUCAAGGUCACGUGAAGUCAUUGGAGAAAUAAAAGAUUCAUAUGAUACACUGACAAUUCUUCAUAUAUUGCUUUAUUUAAAUACCUUAAAAUUAUGAAAAAUACACUGUAAAAUCCAUUUUCAGAAAAGCGUGCAUUGCUGGCGGUGAUGUCUGUCAUACGCACAAGCACAAAGAAAUAGAUGACAAAUAAUGCACAGAUCACAUGAUUAUAACCACUUAGGCAACAUACUUUUAUACUUAAACACUGUCAAACUCGCAAUGCAAACUGUGCUCCAUCUAUGACUAAACAGAUGUUCACACAACACCAACAAUUAGAGGCUUGAU